CACAACCCCCUCACGUCAUAUCCAACGGACCGAUAUCAUGUCGUCCGGCUGAAGAAAGAGCUAAGAGCUAGCAAGGAAGCAAACUGUUAAAUGAUCCUCACGAAGUUGAAAGGCGGAGAUGUCGCUGAGGUCCAACUCUCAGACCGCCCAGUCUAACAGCCACAGUUGCCGCUGAAGUUUUUUAACGUCGGCCCGGGAGGACAGGAGCAGGGACUAGAAGAUAUGGGCAACUGUCUCAAGUCUCCGACAUCAGACGACAUCUCUCUGCUUCAUGAAUCUCAGUCAGACAGGGCGAGUUUCGGUGACGGGACGGAUCCGGACCUGGAGCCACCUCCGCCGUACCAGGAGCAGGCUCACAUGCCCAUGUACCAUCCCACGCCUAGUCAGGCCCGUCUGGCCACCCAGCUGACAGAGGAGGAGCAGAUCCGCAUAGCUCAGCGCAUCGGCCUCAUCCAGCACCUCCCUAAGGGCGUUUAUGAUGGAGGGCACGACGGCUCUGAGAAAAAGAUCAGAGAGUGCGUGAUCUGCAUGCUGGACUUUGUAUACGGGGACCCCAUCCGGUUCCUGCCGUGUAUGCACAUCUACCACAUGGACUGUAUAGACGACUGGCUGAUGAGAUCCUUCACCUGCCCCUCCUGCAUGGAGCCUGUGGAUGCUGCCCUGCUCUCCACUUACGAGACCAACUGAUUCUACGCCCCUCUUCCCCCACACUUAGAUCAAACACGGCCCCUCCAGCCCCAAGCCCACACACAAACUGUACAACUGCCCUCCUAUAGAGUGUGGGGAGCUAAAAAAAAAAAAAAUAGGUUGGCUGUUGUCUUGCACUUUGAAAAUUUCAAAAAUUUACUCACCUAACGUUGGCCUUCCCUGCCCCCAGGUCUAAAUAAGCUGGUCUUAAACAUUAACUACACAAGUCAGUGAGAAACUAUUUCCAAUCGAUCCUGCAUGAUUGUGUUUGUCAUGCCAAAGCUGCAUCCAUGGUUGACGGGAAGCACGUGGGAUUUUUGUGUGUGUAUGUGUAUGUGUAUGUGUACGUGUAUGUGUAUGUGUACGUGUACGUGUAUGUGUGUAUGAGCUGUUUGGGCUGUUUGAUGACUGUGCAUUUCCACGAGCCGGUCUCAGUGGUGUUUCUCCCCAGCUGACCCCAGGUCACCUACAUUCCCAGUUAGUCAUGAUUUAAAUGGAUGAGUAGGUUAACAAAUUAGUGACCAAAAUGCUAAGAGGUGUUGCUAGAAAUCAUUUGGAUUAAAUUGGAGGUUUUCUGUGGCAACAGUGAGUUAAGGCUUCCUCAACAUAUUGAUCUCCUAAACAUGCUCUCACAUUAAAAUGGCCCUACACUAUCGAGAUGUGGGAAUACACAGCUGAAGAAGAAAUUGCUCUCCUGUUAGUCAGGAAAAAAAAAAAAAUAAAAUAAUGAUAAUAAUGCACUACACACAGAAAUAACCCAAAGUUUAUAAUACUUAAUAGAUCAAGACUACUCCAGACAGCCAGACUUUAAAAAAAUGCCUUGAGUUGAAGGGAAAAAUGAUGAUGCGUAAUGUGAAUGUGUAAAGUGUGUAAAGUAGCUGGCAGCCAAUGUAAAGGGCUCAUUUGUGCAUGGGCAGGUGGAUCAGUUGGUCAAAAAUUAGAAAUGCUUGCACACACUUUUCAUCUGAUCCAGAGAUUUGCACUUUACUUAUAGGACAGUAUCUAGAACAAUAUAUUAAUAUAUGUACCUUAUAACCUUGCACUAUCAUUACUUCAUUCCUUUAUUUCCUGAGAUGCAAAAGUUACAUAGCUGAUGAUAAAGAGAUUUUCAAACCUGUCAGUAGUCACUUACCACGUUGAAGUAAGCCUGAAGAUGUAUUUCAUAAAAUCCGUGAUUCAGUA